AUGAUCCAGCGAUUAAAGUAUCUAUCUAUCUAUCUAUCUAUCUAUCUAUCUAUCUAUCUAUCUUUUCAUUUAUACUCACUUUCUUUCUAUUUUUUUCCCCUCUUUUCUUUCUUUGUAUUUCAUGAUUUUUCUUUUUAUUUCUAUCCUUUUUUCUUUGUCUUAUUUUAUUUCUUUCUUUGUAUUUGUUAUUUUUCUUUCUUUCUAUUUCAUAUUUUUCUUUCUUUUUUCUGUUUUCUUUCUUUCAUUUUUUGUGUCUUAUUUUCUUUCUUUCUAUGUGUUUUUUCUUUCUUUCUAAUUUAUACUUUUCUUUCUUUUUUCUUUCUUUCUUUUUGUCUUUUCUUUCUUUCUAUGUUUUUUCUUUCUUUCUAUUUUAUACUUUUCUUUCUUUCUGUUUGUCUUAUUUUCUUUCUUUCUAUGUGUUUUUUCUUUCUUUCUAUUUUAUACUUUUCUUUCUUUUUUCUUUCUUUCUUUUUGUCUUAUUUUCUUUCUUUCUAUUCCUUAGUUUUCUUUUUCUAUUUUUUUCUUUUUCUCCCCUUCCAUUUGUUAUUUUCUUUCUUUCUGUGUGAUAUUUUUCUUUUCCUUUUUUCUUUCAUUUUUUCUUUUUUCGUUUUUCUGUCUCUUUUCCCUUCUUUUUUAUCUCUGUUUCAUACUUUUCUUUCUUUCUUUCUUUCUUUCUUUUUUCGUUUUUCUAUGUCUCUUUUCCUUUCUUUUUUCUCUCUGUUUUAUACUUUUCUUUCUUUCUUUCUUUCUUUCUUUCUUUCUUUCUUUUUUCUUUCUUUCUUUCUUUCUUUCUUUCUUUCUUUGUGUUUCUUAAUUUCUGUAUUCUUUCAUUCUAUUUCAUAUUUUCUUUCUUUCUUUUUUCUAUGUUUUAUUUUCUUUCUUCCUAUUUCAAAUUUAUUCUUUCUUUUUUUCUCUCUUUCAACUUCUUAUUUUUUCUUUCUGUGUCUUAUUUUUCUUUCUUUCUGUUUCUUAUUUUCAUUGUUUCUAUUCUCUUUUCUAUCUUUCUUUCUUUCUUUCUUUCUUUCUUUCUUUCUUUCUUUCUUUCUAAUGGAGAAUAAAAAAAAAAAAAAAAAAGACGUGAAAAAAUCCUUCGUAUCACCCAACAUUAUCUAUCUAUCUAUCCUGAUUCUUUCUUUCUUUCUAUCUAUCUAUCUAUCCUGGUUCUAUCUAUCUAAGAUUCGUUUAUUCGUUUACUUGAUUUUUGUUUUUGCUCCUUCAUUUGCCCACAUAUUUUUCUUCUGUUUUUCUUCGUCUUUUAAAAAAAAUAUAUUUACUUCUUCCUUUUUCUUUCUUUUUUGUUCUUUCCGUCUGUUUCAUCCCAUUUUUCAAUUAACCGCUUUUCAUCCUCUUCUUCUUCCUUUUCUUCUUUCUCUUCUAGUCUCCUUUGUAUUGUUUUCCUUUUCCGCCCUUCCUUUCCUUCUUCUUCUCUCCUUCUUUUCUUCUUCUUCCUCCUCCUUUAGUUUUCUUCUUUCUCUUCUAUCCGCCCUCCCUCCUUCUUCUUCUUCUUCUUCUUCUUCUUCCUCCUCCUUUCCUUUAGCCUUUUCUUCGCCUUUCUCUUCUUCUUCUUCUUCUUCUUUAGCCUUUUCUUCUUUCUCUUCUAUCCGCCCUCCCUCCUUCUUCUUCUUCUUCUUCUUCUCCUCCUCCUCCUUUAGCCUUUUCUUCUUUCUCUUCUAUCUCCUUUUCUUUUUCUCUGUUGCUUUGUCCCCCUCCUUCUUCUUUAGUUUUUCCCCUCUUGUCCUUUUCUCCCCCCCCCCUCCUCCUCCUGCUCCUCCUCCUUCAUUAGCCUUUCUCGUCUUGUCUCCUCUGUACUGUUUUCUUUACCUGUUGCAGUCCCUGCUCCUCCUCCUCCUCCUAUUUUACCUUUUCUUCUUUCUCUCUUUGUCCUCUUUCUACUGUUUUCUCCCCCUCUUGCAUUCUCUCCUCCUUUCGCUUGCUCCUCAUCCUUCUUCUAAUUCCUUUUUUCUUUCUUUCCCCUACUCACCAAAGCGAUUAACUUUUCUUCUCACUCCCCUCUUAUCUUUUUACACUUUCAUCUUUACCCCAUUUUCUCUUCCUUUUUCAAAUUUCCUCUCUCAUCCUCCUCCUUUCUCUCUUUUCUUCUCUUACAUUCUAUCUAUCUAUCUAUCUAUCUAUCUAUCUAUCUAUCUAUCUAUCUAUCUAUCUAUCUAUCUUAUUAACCACCUGUUUAAAUCUAUCUAUCUAUCUAUCUAUCUAUCUAUCUAUCUAUCUAUCUAUCUAUCUAUCUAUCUAUCUCUUAAUAAUUCGGGAAGAUAUAAUUCACAUUCAUUCAUUUCACCAUUUUCUUUCACUGUCUUUCACAAGCAAAGACACCCACAAACACACAAAUCCAGCGAAGAGACCGGCAUAUUGCUUGCGAUCGUUACCACUGGGAAAAGAGUUCCGAAUUCCCGUAAAGAAGAUUGCGAAAGAUGA